AUGCAAGACUGCUUCCUCCACCAUCAGACUCCCCCAGCCAUCGACCCGGCAGCACUCGACGAGUCGGUGGACGAGGCUGUCGCCCGCCUGGCGGCCAGCCAGCCAGCCUUCGCCGACCCCUUCCUCCAAGACAGCCAGGCCCUACACGCCCAUCCCCUCCUCGAGCACUGGCAGUGGGACCCGCCUGGCGAGGGCGUCGAGAGCGACGCGAGCGCGGGGAAGGAGGAGGGCGGGGGAGGGUCGGGGUCAGCAGGCAGGCCCAAGACAAAGCAGCCCGCCUUCAGGCGUCACCCCUGGACCGAGGAGGAGGAGGCGCGCUUCCGGAUCGCGCUGGAGAUGUUCGGGCCCAAGGAGCGGAGCUUGGUGACGCAGGACAGGAUCCCCGUGGGGCUAGGGGCGGGGGCGGCGAGGAGCAUGGCGAGCUUCAUCGGGACGAGGUCGGUCCAGCAGGUCAGGUCGCACGCCCAGAAGCACUUCAUCAAGCUCGUCUCCUCCCCCAGCGAGGCGGAGGCAGAGGCAUAG